AUGGAAACACUGGAGUCUGAGCUGACGUGCCCGAUCUGCCUGGAGUUGUUUGAAGACCCUCUGCUGUUGCCUUGCGCCCACUCUUUGUGUUUUAACUGCGCCCACCGUAUCCUGGUGUCUCACUGCUCCACCAGCAAACCGCUCGAGUCCAUCUCCGCUUUUCAGUGCCCCACGUGUCGAUACGUCAUCACGCUGAAUCACAGAGGUCUGGAGGGCCUAAAGCGCAAUGUGACUUUGCAGAACAUCAUUGACCGCUUUCAAAAGGCCUCCCUUAGUGGCCCAAACUCCCCCACCGAGAGCCGCCGCCUGCCGCCUCCGCAGCGGCCUUACACCGCCACCAUUAGUGGAACAAUAGGCACCCUGGGCGGCGGCAGUGGCACCAGUGGAAGUAACGCCCGCGGCAGCCCGGCCACUUCCAGCCACUCUCACUCGCUCGCCAAUCACUCCAACCACAGUAACCACAGUAACCAUAGUAACCACACCAACCACAACAACGCCAACCACAGCCCGGCGGUCAUUGCCAAGAUGGAUUAUCGUAUCAGCUGCCAGUUCUGCGAGCAGGAUCCUCCCAGAGAAGCGGUGAAGACGUGUGUGACAUGUGAAGUGUCGUACUGUGACCGCUGUCUGAGGGCCACUCACCCCAACAAAAAGCCCUUUACCAGUCACCGCCUGGUGGAGCCGGUGCCCGAUACACACAUCCGAGGCCUCACCUGCAUGGAGCACGAGAACGAGAAGGUCAACAUGUACUGCAUGGUGGACGACCAACUCAUCUGUGCGCUGUGUAAGCUGGUGGGCCGGCACCGCGAGCACCAGGUGUGCUCACUCACCGAGCGCUUUGACAAACUCAAGCCAGAAGAGAAGGAUGGCAGAGAGAGGAGGACAUUUGGGUUGUGUGGAUGA